AUGUCAACAUCAACAAGUGCAGUCACGAUGGAUGCGAUGCGCAAGCCAGCGACAUCGUUGAGACCCGAAACGAAAUCCAUAAGGAGUGGCACCCUUCAAGUCAACGAACCAGGCAAAUUCACGAGGCGGGCUUGGAAAUCAAAGGGCGUCGUUCUCGAUCCGGAGUCGUUGACCAUUCUGCACCAGUCAUCCGCGGAACGACGGACACGGAUUCUGUUGCGCGAUAUUACUGUCCUCGAACGAACGGAUUUGACGCCACAUUGUAUCUCGCUCACGGCGAAGGGGAGGCAGUAUCAUUUUUCAUUCGAUACGGAUUCGGAUCUCUAUGAUUGGCAGGACGAUAUCUACGCUAGAUGUCCACUGGGUGGAGCGACGAGCAACCCCUUCAAUUUCGAGCAUAAGACGCACAUUGGCUCGGGGAAGGACUCGUUUGGGGAUCAGUCAACGUUCCCGGCGUAUACGGAGGCGAUGAUGGGUCGUGCCCCGCCAACCGCCACGGUACCAUCAGCACCCAUCAUCUCCACUUCACGAUCUGCGCAGAGCACUUCCUCACGCCGUCGCUCUGGUCAAAGCUUUACCAACAGCCGGCCCAGGUCUGGGCAGUUCCUACCCACAACGACUCGGAUCCCGCUCAUGGGGAAUAAUGGCAACACCCUUGAGGGCUGCUACUUUGUUAAAGAAGCGGGGCUGUUUAUGGGCUGGUACUGGAAGGAACGCUGGCUGUCAUUAAAGGGCGCCAUUCUGACCAUUCAUUGCCGAGCGACCAAGGCAUCGCCACCCGCUAAGGACAUCAAACUAUCUACGCUUAAGAGUAUAGAACCGGACCCGAAACGACCCAACUGUCUCCUCAUUCAAACAGCACCAGCAAAGGGCGCCAAAAAGGGCCUCCACCUCGGCAUUCUCUUCCCCAGCUACGCAGAGCUAUAUACAUGGCGCGACGCUAUAUACCUUUCCAGCGCCAUCUCAGCAGACAUCGGAUACCCGUCCAAUUGCGUACAUAACCUUCAUGUCGGGUACGACUCGACGACGGGAGAAUACACUGGUCUCCCGGAGCAGUGGAAGAGUGUGCUGUAUCCGACAUAUCACAGGAAGGAAGAGGUCGAUGUGAAGGCUAGACGGUCUUCGAAACGGAGGUCGCAGCAGAGAGUCGAGCCGCCUUUGAUUGACAACGCGGCUCUUGGAGUUGGACCGGGGAGCGCGGGCACAGCUGCUGCGUCACCAGGGUCGCAGUUUCUUGCAGGGGUUUCGGCGUCCUCGGAUAAUACCCUUGUGGAUGUGCAGACUCCCUUGAAUGCAUCGUCUUUGUUGGUGAAGGGGAAGAUUGAGGAGUUGGGAGGCGUGAAGGAGUAA